GUCUCAUCUGGUCUGAUUUUGAACUGGGUUGAUAUUAAAGUGUGUACGGCAAGUAUUUCCUGGCAUAGAUACAUCAGUACUGCAUGCAAGACUAGUAAUUCAUUUCGUGCAUAACAAUAACGUGGGGUUAGACUCUGGAGAUUCACCAGACCCAGUUCUAUACAACAUUGCUGCCGAUCGAUUCCUCCGGCAACUACAAGCUCAAGGCAAUCAGGAUACCUCAGUCCCAUCUGGGUCCGAGCGCAACAACUAGCUGCUGGUUAGAGGGGAACAGUGGGCAAGUCUGGUAGGUCCCAUGAACAGUUCUAUCCUCAGCCAGCCGUACACCGUACUCCCGUACCACCGUACUCCCGUACUACCGUACACAGAGGACACACGACUAGAGCAUCAUGUCGGAAGAAGUUGUCAAUCAGUCUGCUCCAGAUGCAAGAACCCAUCCCCGUAACUCGGACAGUGGAGGAGAGAUGAUGUUAUCACCCGCCGACAUCCAGUUCAUGCCAUGUGCUGGCAUCAGGGACGACGUCAAACACAACACCGCCGACAUCGCCCACGAGGUCCAGCCGAUGGAUCUGUGUGAUGAGAAGGCAGGUCUCAAGGUUGUGGAAAAGGGAGGAGUCUACUUCUCACUAGACAACGCUCGACUCGGGCUUCUCAAACGUCUACAGCGGGAGGGACGCUGCACUAGGGUGAGGGUGGAGCAGGUGCCCCUCAAGAAUGUGUCCCCGGGGGUCCAGGACAUGAUGGCCGUACCGGUACAGCCUGUUCGACAGCGAGGGAGACUGUAUGGUAAAGGCCCUAUGAAACUACUGAAUAUUCUGCACCUGGAGAGGAGGACGUCGCUCACAAGCGUCAACAGCGCAAUCACGGACGACGACACCGACGAUUCUGAUUUCCAAGUCACAGACAGUGAAUGUGAUUGGAGCGCCGAUGUUCGAGACAGCUCCAGCUUGAUGUCCUCAGGGGAAGACACGGAAGCCGAGGGAGACAAUAUGCUGUAAACAUACUGCCUGGUAGUUGUUCUAAUGAUCGUUUAUGUUGCUGGAGGAAUCUAAUCCUAAGUUGGGGAGAGGCUGCAGCUGAAAGUGUGUCCUACCGAGCAGUGGGAUCCCUGAUGCUGGAAGAAUUGACGUGCCUUAGAGGGAUCACAGCUGGUUACUGUAUGACCAGUUAACGUGACCAAGUAUCAGGUGGACCUCCGGCCCUCUGCCAGAAUGUCGGAAGGAAAUGGCUUUUCUAAUUUGUUCUUGGUUGAUGGAGAGCGGUUUUACGGUAUCCUUUUUGCUAUCGUUCGAAUCAAUAUAGUUCUUUUAUUUACGGAAUAAACGAUAAAAUGUC